AUGCUUCCCUCGAUUCCUGUUCUGGCCGAGUAUGGCAUCUCCCCUACAAACGGCUUUCUUCCGGAUACUCUACCAUUAACUCGUCUACCGGAUCCUUACUACAACAAGUGGGAGGCCAUCGCUGCCAAUCUACAGGCUCUUAUCCUCAGUCGCAGGUUGCGUGGUGUUAUCGAUAGACUACCGGUUCUCUCUACUACCGGUCUUGAACAUGACGCCGAGUGGCGACGCGCCUAUUCCCUCCUAGGCUUUAUGGCCCACGGGUACAUCUGGGGAGGUGAUUCACCAUCAGAUCGUCUGCCAGCCUCCAUCUCAAUUCCGUUUCUGCAGAUUUCAGAGCAUCUAGAAAUACCGCCAGUUGCGACGUACGCCGCCGUUUGUCUCUGGAACUUCAAGCCCCUCUUCGUUGACGAGGACAUUGACAACCUCGAGAAUCUCGCCACUCUCAACACAUAUACUGGAGCCCUCGACGAAUCAUGGUUCUAUCUUGUAUCAGUUGCUAUUGAAGCUCGUGGUGCUCCAAUAAUUCCCCUCAUGCUAACGGCCAUUGCUGCUGCCCGCCAUGAUGACUCUGCUGCUGUGGCUCGUUGCCUGCGCACUUUUGCGGAGCGAUUGACAGAUCUUACAAAUAUCCUUCAAAGAAUGCACGAGAGUUGUGAUCCUACUAUCUUCUACCACCGAAUUCGGCCCUUCCUUGCUGGAAGCAAGAAUAUGGCGGAGGCUGGCCUUCCCAAUGGUGUUAUUUAUGAGGAUGGCUCUGGGGACGAGACAUAUCGACAGUACAGUGGUGGCAGUAACGCUCAGAGCAGUCUGAUACAGUUCUUUGAUAUAAUCCUAGGAAUCGAGCACCGUCCUACGGGCGAGUCUCGUGACCCUUCAUCUGAUACCGAGCGUGGCCGAGCUUCCCACCGACACAACUUCAUUAUGGAAAUGAGGCGUUACAUGCCCGGACCUCAUGCACGAUUCCUCAACGAUGUAUCCUCUGUCGCCAACAUCCGCCAGUAUGUUGAGGAGCACCAGUCAGACAAGCAACUAUGUCUUGCCUACGACGCCUGCCUGGCCAUGCUCAGCGCAUUCCGCGACAAGCACAUCGCCAUUGUCACCCGCUACAUCAUCAACCCUUCCAAGCAAGUUCGUGCUCGUAGCCGUUCAAGAAGUCCCGAAGUUACCAGAAACAAACUCAACCUGGCCGUCGCAUCACGCAAGAACAAGGAGAAUCAGAAGGGAACUGGUGGUACUGCCCUGAUUCCUUUCCUGAAGCAGGCGAGAGAUGAGACAGGAGAGCCCGCGGUCGAGGAGUGGACGAGGCGAUUCAUGAAGAGAAAGAUGCAGACAGAGGGCAGGAACGAUUUCUUCCUGGGUAAGAGUCUCCAGGAGGAUGUGAGCUUAACGACAGAUGUGGAGAUCAAAGGUCUUGCUGGAUCAUGGACCAUGGAUGAUGAGAUCGGUGGAAUUUGCUUGCACUGA